AAAUUCAUUUUUACUUGUAUACAAAUCUAAAAGCGCAGCUUUUAAAAUGCAUUUGCCAAACAUCUUUUACCUUAGUUUGCAAUAAUCUGAAAAAAAAAAAAAACUAAGCCAAACACCCCCUUAGUUUGCAAUAAUCUGAAAAAAAAAAAAAAAAAAGGUGUGGCUUGCCAAAUAGCUUAAUAAGCCGCCUUAAAUUAAACUCUUUGACCAUUUUAAACAAAUCGUGGACCAGUAAAUUGUGGGGCAUAGUAGAUGCUUUGAAGAUUAUCAAUGGAAUAAGAGUAUAAAACAACUUAAUUACUAUCUUGAAGUUUGAAUCUUGCAGGGUUUGUUUUCUUGAAUUUGAAGUUUAAUACUUAGUUUCACUUCACAACCUUAAUCGCAUUUCGAUUUUUCUUUCGGAUUUCUGGAGACAUUUUUGUUUUAAAGAUGGGGUUUCUUGAUCUUCUGUCUACCGCUUCUACGCCUAUUCUCAAAGUUCUGAUAAUCACAGCACUUGGCUCAAUUCUUGCCAUGGAUUCUGUCGAUAUCUUGGGCCAAAGUGCAAGAAAUUACGUCAAUAAUGUUGUGUUCUUUGUGUCUAAUCCAGCACUUGUGUCGAGCAAUCUUGCUCAAACAAUCACUCUCGAAAGCAUAAUUUCUAUGUGGUUUAUGCCUGUUAACAUUAUUAUUACAUUCAUAAUUGGAGCAGCACUUGGAUGGCUGCUUUUUAUCAUCACAAAACCACCUCCACAUCUAAAAGGCCUCAUCUUAGGUGUAUGUUCAGCAGGGAACCUGGGAAACUUGCCUUUGAUUAUAGUCCCAGCUGUAUGCAAAGAGAAAGGAAGUCCCUUUGGUGAUCCUGAUGUUUGUCAUGGGUAUGCCAUGGCGUAUGCUUCAUUAUCGAUGGCAAUGGGAACGUUAUUUGUGUGGACUUUCGUGUACAACCUACUAAGGGUAUUCUCGGAAGAUUCUGGUAACAAUAUUGUCAAAGAAACAGUAACCAUGAAAGAGGAUUUGACUCAAAGCUUGCUUCCAUCAUCUACAUCUAAUGUUAACAUGAUGGGAAAAGAGAAGGGAAUGUUAGGUACAAUGAAGCAACAUUUCGGGAACUUUUCAAGAGCUGUUAACUUAAAAGCGGUGUUGUCACCAUCAACCACCGGAGCUCUUGUAGGCCUCAUAGUUGGAAUGGUCGCCCCAAUUCGCAGGCUACUAGUAGGCACCGAAGCUCCUCUUCACGUGAUUCAAGAUUCUGCAUCCUUAGUAGGGGAUGCGGCGAUCCCGACUAUGACAUUGAUUUUGGGUGCUAACCUUUUAAGAGGUUUGAAAGGAUCAUCUGGUGUCUCGUUACCACUUGUGUUUGGAAUCGUAGCAGCUCGAUCCUCUUUAUGUUUACGUUCUUUUACUACAGUUUGCGCUUCCACCUUCCAUGAACAUUGGUACAAUAACACAAUUAUUUGGAGCUGGUGAAAGUGAAUGUUCGGUGAUUAUGAUGUGGUCGUAUGGUUUGGCGUCAGUGACACUCACCCUUUGGUCGAUGUUCUUCAUGUGGCUUGUGGCUUGAUUUGUUUCAAUUAGACACAUGAAGCAUAAGAAUAUCAAAGGGCCCAGAAAAGCUAGGCAAUUGCGUUUCUUUCACCAAAUCCAGUCAAAAUCAAUUCAUUUGUAUUUGUUUGGUGGUGAAAGAAAUGAGCGGAACUUGAGCUUAUAAGGCUCAACUCGAAUUGUUAUCAAGUUUCUUUAGCCAUGUGUCAUAUGUGGUAUUAGUAUUUAUGUAAUUAAGACCAAUAUAUGUAUCCAUUUGCGGGUUAAAUUUUCACAUGUACUCGUUACCACAUAGUGAAACAACAAUAACAAUAUUAACAUUAUCCCAAUAACAUAAAAGUUCUUUUUAUUCCGC